AUGUUGAAAACAGCCAGCUCUCGGAGCAACAUCGCGCGAGACUUCACUCUCAACCCGCUUAGAGGUGCCACCCAAACUCCCCAUUGGCUGCAGACUGUGAGAACCUUCAGCAAACCCAAAACUCACCCAUUCAUAUGGAGAUUAGGGAGUAUAAAUAGGGGAGAGAGUGAGAGAUCACUGCACAGCCAAAGCUCUUCCUUACAGAGAGCCAACAGAAGACACACAGCCAUGGCUCCUACAAUCACUGCAUCAGUGAUCUACUCCAACCACGAGCUACCACUUACACAUAAGCUGAGAAAGCCAAUAGUGGAGAAGCUGCAUAGAGAACGCAUCAACACCUGCAUUGAAAGGCUCAAGUCUCUGCUGAAUCAAGAAUUUCUAAAGCAGCAGCCUGAUUCCAGACAAGAGAAAGCUGACAUCUUAGAGAUGACUGUCUAUUUCCUGAGACAGCAGAAGCAGAAGCAAAAGCAGUCCUAUUUGAAUUUGAACUGUUCUACAGCAGCCAAUGAAGGCUACAAGACGUGUGUGCAGGAGACAAUCGACUAACUAUCUCAGUGUCCGGUCAACACUGAGUCCCAAAGAUGACUGCUUAACCAUUUCCUCACCAAGCAGCCUUCCAUGGAGAGGAGCAGAAGUUUUGUUCCUCAGCUCAGCUCACUAACAGUUCAGAACAGCAGCAAGAAGGAGAUGUCAGAGUCCAGUUCUCUUUGGAGACCCUGGUAG